GGGGGAGUGUUGCUAGGAGCUGCAUCAUAGAGCUUCGGUCUUUGUGAGAAGAGGGACGCACGGAAGGAGGCGCUCUCUCCAUCCAUCUCACUAGCCUGGGUAGCACCCGGAGGUGUCAUGGCGGCCGUCGAAGGAACGGUCAGCGGCUGAGGGGCCGUCGCUGGCCACUAUGUACUCGGCUUCAUUGCCGCCGCCGCCGCCUAGGCGGGAUUUCAUCUCGGUAACGCUCAGCCCCGGCAGUGGAGGGAUUGAGGCUGCGGCAGGAGGAGGAGGUUACAACAACAGCAAGGCCUGGCGGAGACGCUCUUGUUUACGGAAAUGGAAGCAGCUGUCCCGUCUCCAGCGGAGCGUGAUCCUCUUUGUGUUUGCCUUCUUGGCCGUCUGUGGAGUCAUCACUUAUGCAAACAUGACCGAGCCCUGGAAAAGCCUGACCAACAGAUCCGCAGAGGAGCAGAAGACGGAUUUGGAGAUCCCGGGUUUGAACCCAGCAAAUCAGGCAGUUCUGCCAAUACCCAAGAAAGCUGAUCCUAAUCUGGGGGAUUACUCAGAUUUUUCACUUCAAAAGCCCCCAAAGGAGCUUCCAGCCCGACGAGGCCCUCCUAACCUGCAACUCAGACCUCCUUGGAGAAAUACAAAGGUGAAGUCGCAAGAGGCUGCAGCCAAGGCAGAGGAAGAGCCUCCCCAGGCUGUCCAAGAACACAAAACAUCAAAAUCUGUUAUUAGCUGGCGAGGAAUAGUGAUUGAACCUGACCAGAUCACCGAAUCUCCUUCCAACAAAAUAAAGGAACAGGACAAACCCUCACCUGUGGAAUCUGAAGACCAAAAAGAGCCAGUGCCUCUUAAUGAGCGCCAGAUGGCUGUGAUAGAGGCUUUCCGCCACGCAUGGAAAGGCUACAAGGAAUUUGCCUGGGGCCAUGAUGAGCUGAAGCCUAUCUCCAAGUCAUUCAGCGAGUGGUUUGGCCUUGGCCUGACACUCAUUGAUGCUCUGGACACCAUGUGGAUUAUGGGCCUAAAGGAAGAGUUUGCAGAAGCCAGGAAGUGGGUUGCAGCAGAGUUAAACUUCGAGAAGAAUGUGGAUGUCAAUCUUUUUGAGAGCGCCAUUCGGAUCCUUGGAGGUCUGCUCAGCACAUACCACUUGUCAGGGGACUCCCUCUUCCUAGAAAAAGCUAAAGACAUUGGCAGCAGACUCAUGCCAGCCUUCAACACCCCUUCCAAGAUUCCAUUUUCGGAUGUAAACAUUGGCCGGGGCACAGCCCACCCGCCACGCUGGACAUCUGAUAGCACAGUGGCUGAAGUAACCAGCAUCCAGCUGGAGUUUAGGGAGCUCUCCCGCCUCACUGGGGAAGAGAAGUUCCAGAAUGCUGUUGAUGGGGUGAUGCAACACAUUCACACGCUCCCUGGAAAAAAUGAUGGUCUGGUGCCCAUGUUCAUCAACACCAAUAGUGGGCAGUUUACCCAUCUCGGGGUGUACACCCUUGGAGCCCGAGCAGACAGCUACUAUGAGUACCUGCUGAAGCAGUGGAUCCAGGGUGGAAAGAAGGAAAAUGAGCUUUUGGAAGAUUAUGUGAAGGGCAUAGAAGGCGUGAGAAUGCAUCUUCUUCGCAAAUCCCAGCCCAAAAGACUGACCUUCGUAGGUGAACUUGCUCAUGGCCGUUUCAGUGCUAAAAUGGACCACCUGGUUUGCUUCUUGCCUGGAGCCCUUGCUCUUGGAACUCACAAUGGGCUCCCUUCUGAUCACCUGGACUUGGCCACAGAGCUUGCGGAGACUUGCCACCAGAUGUACGCCCAAGUGGAGACUGGCUUGAGCCCAGAGAUUGUCCACUUCAACAUGCAUGCCCAGAAGGACCGAAAAGAUGUGGAGAUCAAGGCUGGAGACAGACAUAGCCUUUUGCGCCCUGAAGCCGUGGAGAGCUUUUUCUACCUGUAUAGAUUCACGGGUGACAAGAAGUAUCAGGACUGGGGCUGGGAGAUCCUACAGAACUUCAAUAAAUACACACGGGUUCCUACAGGAGGCUACACUUCCAUAAACAACGUCCAGAACCCUAGUAAUCCUGAGCCAAGAGAUAAGAUGGAGAGUUUUUUCCUUGGCGAGACGCUCAAAUAUCUUUUCUUGCUCUUUUCGGAUGAUGUUGACUUGAUAAACCUUGACAAAUACGUCUUCAAUACAGAGGCUCACCCCCUUCCUAUCUGGCAUCAACGUAAAUGACUUGUGGACCAGCCGCCAUUCCCAGUCUUGACCGUAUUCCAGCUUCCUGGGGUCUGAAGGGAGGUGUUCGGAGUAUUGUGGGUUCAUAGAUAUUUGCUGGACAGCACAUCAGAAAGGAAGCUCUGAUUGCGGCAGGGAAGUUUUUGGCCUGGAAUUCACACCCUCUCGUGUCAUCUCCCCUUUGUCACCCAACACUUGGACACAGAAGCCAGAGAGGGCCGAGCAAUUUUAUUGCAGCAUUGAGUUCUGCUUGGUACACAAGAUGCUUUGGGAGAGGUAGGACUGGUGUUGGCCCAUUGAGAUCCAGGUUGUACAGAUUGUCUUGGUGUCAGAAUUACCAUCUUGACAAAAGGAGCCUCGUUGAGGUACGCCAAGAAAUGCCCCAGCUUGCAUCAUCAUUCCAUUGUAUCGACCUAUUAUCUGCAAGGUAGAGGCAAUAAACGAGAAAGAUGAGUCCUUCGACCUGAAUUUAAAAUGCAAGUUAUCAGUGCGGUUGCUGAUUCUCCAGUCUCAUUCCAAGCUGAGGGGUUAUGCCAUGGUUGACACUGGCAGAACAAAAAGCUUCUUUCAGCUGCCCUCCCAGUGGCAGCAUCCUGAUUUUUUACGGAGCACUUUGAAUAAUCAUGUGGCACUUGUACGUGUUGUGAAUUGUGGAGAAGUUUUAAGUGCUGCAGUUGCUGGUUUGGGUGGAAACUCAUGUGUAGAUUUGUAGGUAUGUUGUGAUGGGAUUUUUUUUCUUAACUUAAUCUGCAGAAAUGCAAGAGACAUGUGAAGAGAGAAUUUAUGUUCUUAAGAGGUUAUCUACGCUGAAGUUUAUAAUGUUUUUGGCUCAGGUAUUUUGGACUGAAAGCUGCUUCCUGUGGCUUAGCUACUAGCAACCCUAAUGAUUUCCUUUCCCCCCAGACUGGAAUCCACACCUGAACCCAGCGGGACUCCUGGACUUUCUUUUGCAUUGUAUUGGCUUAGCUGGUGAUUUAUUGUAAAGGAGAGUUUUCACUAGAGAGUGAAAAGGAAGAGAUUGUUCGUCAUUUCAUUCCCUUGAUGGGCAGCCAAGUUCAAAGAGAUGACUCCAACAGAUAGCAUUGGCUGGUAGUUAUCAUAUCUGUAGAAGUGGAUUGCCGGGAAGAGAGUGGGUUGUGCCUUCUGUGCAUACUUGGUAGCCUUGAAGGUAGUGUUGGAAAGAGGUGGCCUUUUUAGCACAAGAAGGAGUAAACUCAGUAAACAGCCGACAUUUGUCUUAGCAACCAGUGGGUUUUGCACUCUCAGAAGCUCUUCCUAAGGAGAAAAUUUAGUACAAUAUGCUUAAUGCGCUUUUGAAUUAUUGUUCUGGGAUUCCCGCCUGAAGUUCAGUGUAGUCUCACCACCUACCUCAAGGGGUAAUUCAGAACAGGAAUUCCAUGCAACAGUGUGAUUGUGGAAAACUGAAUAUUUUCUCUGGAUAUACUCUGGCUUUGGGUCUGUUUGGUAUGCUACAGCUUUUUAACAUAUGUGGAUUUCAGAAUCCACAAUCUGUGAUUUUUAAAAAAAAUCGUUAAUGCUUGCCCACCCAUGUUCUUGGGCACAUUAUUUUUUUUUAUCCUUGCUUCCAGUUUCCCAUUUUCACAGCUCCAAAAGAGGAAUCCUAGUUUGCGGGGGUGGCCAACAGUAGCUCUCCAGAUGUUUUUUGCCUACAGCUCCCAUCAGCCCCAGCCGUUGGCCAUGAUAGUUUGGAAAAGGGUGGCAUCGGUAGCACAGUCCUUUCUAGCUCAGGGGCUGUCUAGUCAUGCCUCAGCAGGAUCUUCAGUCUUUGUACAUUUUGCAAAGGUGUGCUGUCAGUAAAGAUGCUGUUGCGCCUGCUUGGGUUUUUCCAGUGUUAAACUAGCACAUUUUAUUGAAUCACUAGCAGGAAAUUAUCCUGUUACCCCACAAAGGAACAAGAGCUGUGUUCCUGAUAGAGCCUUGUUUCUUGAACUGUGAUGACAGCUCACAGCAAUUGUCCUGCAAGUCAUAUUAAAUAUGGUGCACAUAUCAGCAAAGACUUUUUUCCACAUAAGGUGUGCACAAUAAAAUGAUAGCCUUAAGACUUUGUAAUCCAAAAAGCAAGAGGACUUUGAGGUUCAGUUUAUGCAUUAUACAAGAACUGGUGCAGGGGGGGGGCAGCUUUCUUUAGCAUGAAAUUAUUUGGGUGGCUGCUGCUCUCAGCUUCAGUCCUUCUCCACCCCCACCCCAGUCAUAAUAAUACUGACCUACCUUGCAGGUCUGUUCAAAGGAUGAAGGACUGCAAGUUCUUUGAGCAUUCCAGUUGCAAUUUAUAUGUAAAAUAUUGUGAUUUUCAGCUUGCCCAGUAGCAGAGUACAUGCUUGUAUGCAGUAGGUCCCAAGUUCAGUUCCUAGGAUCUUUGGUUUGGUGGGUGCAACCAUUCUCUGUCUCAGACCCUGGUGAAUCACUGCAAAGUCAGGAGAGCCAAUCUGAACUACACAGACUAAUCCUAGCUCAAAAUGGAGGAGGGAUGGGACUCAGUUGUGUAGAGUACCUGCUUUGCAUGCAGGUCUGAGGUUCAGUCUCCGGCUAGGUUCUCAGGUAACAGGUCUGGGAAAAGCCUUUCUGUGGCUGAGGCUUUGGAGAGCUGUUGCCAGUCAGCCAAAACAGUAUAAGCUAGCUUCAUAGCUUCUGUGGAAUUCCCUAAAUACUUUUUUAAAAAAUUGAGUCUCCUUAAGCUGGCUGAUCUAAUUGGACCAUAAAGCACCAACAAAAUUGUUUCUAGUGUGGUGUGCUGUCAUGUACCCAUUCCCUGCCCCCUCACAUAAAUGUGCCCUGGAAUUUAAAGCCAUAUCUUAAUGCUGAGAAAUUGCUGUGGUGUUUGGAGGCAGACACUUAACUUUUGCACCGGUGCCUUCAGAACGUGAGGGGAACGAAGGACAGGUAGGGGACAGAGCCACGAGAGGGCUCAUCCUACUUGCAGGUAGGCAGAAGCUAGAAAAAUUACUGCUGACAAGAACCUUACUAAUGUUAAAAUGGCAUAUCUGAUUCUUUGAGAGAGGGCACUUUCCACCACUGGAACAAUAUCUCAGUUUCCUGGGCCCGACUCAUGGCUAAAAGCAGGAGGAGUAACCCAAGCUUGCAUAAUUUGUGCAGGUUGUGGAACUUGGCUCUUGCAGAAUCCAGAUUCUUCUACCCACUCAAAGUGCAGCCUGGCUUUAAUGUGCUGUCCCAUUCCUAUUAGGCGUGCCUGCAAGCUCCCCUUUCAGGAAAACCAAGUCUUUAUAGGUCUUUGUUAUUACCACUUUCUCACUUUGCAUCACCAAAUCUACAGCCAUUCCUUUUUGAGUCCUCAGGUCUCCUGUGGCUACAUAUUGUCUGCUUUGGGGUUUAUGUAUGUGGGUGUAUGUAAUUGAGAAUAGAAAAAUUAUUAUUUUAAUGCUGUUCAUGAACAUUGCUGAUUCUUCUUCCUGUGUCUUAACAGGGGGAAACAGGAGCAUUCCCCAUACUUCUCCUCUGUUUUGAGAACUAUGUGAAAUAGCAUCCAGGAACGGUUUGACAGCUUGCUGUAGAUGACAGGGAGUGAAGGCCAGAACUUACAACCACCCAACCUCACGUGUAGCUGCUACACGCUGCCGUAUUUGCUCCUAUGUAGUGACAGGAGCUGGAUGCCUGUCCGGAGACCAUCCUGUCCCCUUGUCCUUACACAGAAAAAGGCAUAUUUCUGAAGCCUUGGUGAUGUGUUACCUAGUGCACCCUAUUUAAGCAGAAAAGUCCAUCCCGUUGUAAAUGUGCAGAAGGUUUAAAUGUACUUUGCCUUUUAAAGAGACAGGAAAGGUGACUUUUUAAAUAAAACAAAUCCCAACCUGUGUUAGUCAGAAAGUAAACCACAGAAUUCCAUUCCACUUUAAUAAACUCGUAAUUUAUUUUGAGAAA